AUGGCUAGAGUAACGCCGUUUUCCGGCCCAAACGAGCCGCUGCUCAUCUUCCAGGACGACAAGUCGGAUCGGACUGCCCCCAUGACGAGCCACGCCCCCAUGCCUUCUGUCACAAAGCCUGCUCGCCGACCCCUGAGCAGCUCGAAUUCGAACGUCAUCCUUUACGCACCCAACAAGCCCAGUACAGGCUUGUCGCCGCACAAAGCGACUUCGUCGUCGUCGCCUCGGUCACCCCUCAAGCCUUCCUCGCACGCCAACAAGCUGAACAUGGUAUCAAUGGCGCCGCCUCUGUGCAGGGGACCCACGACAGACUCUCUGCAAAAGAAGCCGCAUCUAUCAAAGUUCAAGACGGGCCCUCAACGGCCUUGUUUCGACGUCAUGAGCUACGGCAAAGAGAAUAUUCAUCCUCAAAUCUUUCCCGCCCCCGCAGCCAUCAAUUUUUCCGUCGAAAACCACUUUCAAAAACCCAGCGGAAAGCGAAUAUUGCUGGAUGCCGCACCGAUCAAAGAUUCGAGGCCUCUCAAGAAGCUCAAGACGGACGAAGCGACGCUCCCACCCCACGAUUCCUUUCCCCAAAUACUAGAUGACGGCUCAAAACCGGCGCACAGCUAUGCUCAACUCAUAGGCAUGGCGAUCCUUCGAUCACCCAGUCGACGACUUACUCUCGCCCAAAUUUACAAAUGGAUCAGCGACAACUACUCCUUUUACAACCCCACCGAUGCGGGCUGGCAAAACAGUAUUCGCCACAACCUCAGCCUGCACAAGAACUUCAUCAAGAUCGAGCGCCCCAAGGACGAUCCCGGCAAGGGCAACUAUUGGGGUAUCGAACCCGGCACCGAGUACCAAUUCCUCAAGGACAAGCCCACCCGAAAGGCGGCCCCAACUGCCGAAAAUCUUCCAGUCAUGUCCACUCGCUUGGAACCGUCGCAGCCGAUGACCAUGACCAUGACCAUGACGAUGCCAGCGCAGGAACCCACGCUACCCCCCCCACCGUCGUCUACCAUGCACUGCGCGCUCCCGCCUCUCCCAACCUCGCAGGCAACCGUGCCCAUGCCAGCAGAGCUUUCUUCCGACGCCACGAUCCCUGUUUCGGACAACAUGAGCACCGAGGACGUUGUUGAUAAAGUUGUAGAGAGCGACCUGCCUCCCGAGGCGUCUCUCUACUCUCCUCUCCCUGCCAACAUGCACUCCUCGCCUCCAGUGUCGCGUCAUGUCGAAGUUCGAAGUGGCACGCCACCUCCCGUGGCUCGAAACCUGGCGUCUUCAAUCUCUCGAUCACACAAGCGCAAGUUUGCAUCCAUGGAUGACAGCGGCUACAUUUCGUCCUUGGAAUCGUCAGCCGUGAGACCCAAUCAAAAAGCUCUGCUGUUGACGUCAGAGGCCGACCGGCCUCGCAUCAAGCGAGGUCGGGCUGAAGAGGAGAUUGCCCGCAUACGCAACUCUUCCCCGUUUAGCCCCACAAAGUCUCGUUCCUUGACGACGUAUGAGCCCAUCUCGUCCUCGCCCUUGCGCCGGGCAAACGAACAUCAGCUGCUACCACCACUUACUCCGGUCGUGAAAAUAAAGCCCCCCGUCCGACCGCCCCCCUCGGCUUCCCCAAACACCAACUUGCGGAUCCAUCGCGACAAGGUGCGGCACAUGCUGCAGUCGCCCCUGCGACGUGUUGCUGGAAUCGGAGAGGACAGCAUUCCGUGGAGCCCCGCGUUCAACCUGGAUGAUGCUGUGUACACGUUUGAUGACAUGGCUAUGCAAUCCACGGAAUAUGAUAUUUUUCAGGAUUUCUCGGCCCUGGAUGGGACGAUUCUUCCCGGCAUUGGUUCAGCAGACGCCGGAUCCCCCGUCAAACGCUCUGCCAAGCGAGCCCGAUUAGACCGAUCCGUAUCCACUUCGGCACUUGGUGAGCUGACAAACUCGGUCAAGAAGAAGUCGAUGGCUUCAGUGCCGCUCCUGAAGCUUCCGGAAAACUCGCCGUCACGUUUCUUGGAGACGCCAAGCAAGGCAUUCGAGGAUCUCGGCUCACCGUUCAAGCUGUUCCAGCAGCAGUCGCCAUCGCGAAUGCCUUCGCCCAGCAAGUUCUCGGCCCUGCUGGACCCUCCCGCUGAUGGCGAUUGGUCCUCACUGGCACUAGAUUCCACAGACUUUGGCAGCGGAGGCUCAGAGUUCACUGGUCUGGACAUUCUACAGGGAUUCGAAAAGAUUGGAGCAGGCUCACAAACUUCAAAACCAAAGCAGAGGGGCGGUAAGCCUCCGUUGAGUCGAAGCUACUCGACUGCUUUUUGA